ACUGCAUCCUGCCUCGAUGGGCGAUUUUGGACUGUGAAAAAAACGUAAACAAAAAGGUUAUGUAAACUUAUUGCUCUUGGUCUUGCAGCGUAAAGUGGAAUUUCGAAUUGAACAUGUGGGGGCUCCAACGCUUUGCCGGUCGCAUAUCUACGCAACUAUAUAGACAUGCCGCAUACAGCAGCAACGCCCGGACGGCUGCGAGUGCUUCACUGGCGCCUACCGGUGGUCAGGAACAGGAGCAGGGCGCAGAAACACGUUCCAACACGCCGGCACCGGACAAUGAUAGGAAACCAAAAGUUGCAGGUCAAAUGGUAGCCGCCGCCUUCGAGUCCCUGCGCAAUGAGAAGAAUGACAAGGCUAGCCCCGCCGCCGUUGCCGCCUCUAAUAACAUUGACGAACGAAUUGUGAAAGCAAAAACAGUUAAUGGACUCCUGGGCAUAACCGAGAACAACAGUGGCUUUUCCCGCAAGCAUGCCCUAAGGAUUGUGUCCAUUCUGGCCGAAUGGAGCACAGUAAAUCGUGUAAAAAUAUCCGAGUUUGAGAAUGACACGAGAUUUCUGCGUAUCUGCCGAAUGCUGGGACGAACAGUGCCGAAGAAUGGAAGCGGCAACAAGGCGGCUGCAGGCGAUGGCACUGGAAAUGGGUCUAAGCGCAUUUCUGGCUUUCGUACAGAUGAUCUAAAUACAGUUCUCGGCGUAGCCGGAGACGAUGAGGCUGCCAAACUGAUAGCCAGCAUAAGCCUGCCUCAAAUGGUUAAAGUUAUGAGCACUCUGGCCCAGCGAAAACGUCGUAGUACACCACUCCUACGAUCCUUGGCGUUCAAUAUAAGCAGUUCCUCUGAACAAUUGGAUCUGAAACAAUCAGCGGAUGUGCUCUAUGCCAUGUCCACCCUCAAUUUCCAGGACUCUGUAUUGGGCGCUAAAGUAUGUGCCGAUGUGCAGACAGCUUUGCCCAAAAAUCUGGAUAAGUCGGCAGUUGUUGGAUCCAUUUUAACAAGUCUUGGAAUUCUACGUUAUCGUGAUUUGGACAUUUUGGAGUCCCUGACACAAUGGCUCUUGAAAAACAGCGAAAUCUGUCGACCUCAAGAUCUCAGCGCGUAUUUCCUUACAUCGGCUCUCCUGAAUUUUAAGAGCUCACAAAUCGAGGAGGUGAGCAAGAGUCUUGUGAAAUCGAUUGUACGAGACGAUUUCACAAAACAAUCGGAUUGGUUAAAUUAUAUCUGGUCGCUGACAAUGCUCGGUAUAGUCGACCACAGCCAAUUGGAAUCCGUUCUAAACGAGGAAUUCUUGCAGAAACUGGAAAAGGACAAGAGCGGCCUAACGCCUACAUCCAAAAUGAGGCUUUUGAAUUUGAAUAGUUAUGCCCAUUUAUUAACUAAAGAUUAUAAAGGUGGACUCCUACCAGCUGACAGUCCUGUCUACAAUGUACCCAUGGCGCAUACCAAAUCCAAACAGAUUCUGGUCAAUGGCAUGUUAGAUGCGCUUAAGAGUUUGCUGCCGGCCAGCAAUUAUGUCCAGAGUUCGGUGGACAGCAAAAUGGGAUUUCUGAUAGAUGCCCUUUGUCAGUUUGAUGCAAAUAGAAAUCCCCUGCCUUUGGACAAGGAAAAUGCCCAAGCUAUUCGAGUCGCUUUAAUGGUGGUCGAUUUCCAUGACAUUUGCCAUGGUGCCCAUCGCAGUGCCAGCGGAAUAACGAAUCUAGCAUUUGAUUUGCUGGAGAAGAGUGGAUAUCAUGUUAUACCAGUGCCCUAUAAUGAAUUCAACACUAGUGACAAAUUACUGAAGCGUGUCCAGUAUUUGGAGGCAAAGUUUAAGGCCAUUGUUAGUAGCAAAUAAAUGAGUGCAGAUUUUUAAUUUUA